AUGUCGACGCGUUUGAUAACAGUUUUUGGUGCAACGGGCGCUCAGGGUGGUGAUGUAGUCAAGGCUCUUCUUGCUGGGGAAAAAUUCAAAGUCCGAGGCAUCACUCGCUCUGUGGAGAGCAAAAAAGCAAAGGAACUCGCCUCCCAAGGCGUGGAGAUGGUGCAAGCGAAUUUUGACGAACCGGAGUCGCUACAUAAAGCGAUAGCUGGUUCGUACGGUGUGUUUUUGCUCACAAACUUUUGGGACGGCAUGGACGGAGCUCGCGAGACAAAUCAAGGCAAAAGCGCCGUUGACGUAUGCUUGCAAGAAGGUGUUAAACAUCUGAUCUAUAGUGGCUUGGAAAAUGUUGAGAAGAUGCAUGGGUUUGUCGUAGGUAAGCUAUGUCGGUGGUAUUUAAUAUUCUGUAUCUUAUUUGUACCCUCGUUGCCACGUUUUUAUUUUAAUUUACAAUUGUAUUAGACUUCUAAAUUAAAUAUUGACUUGAUUUUUAUAUCACUAGAGUUAGAGACGGUUAAUUUAUUUGACAGAUCGUCCAUAUAUCUUACCCAGCAGCCGCAGGUCACGGCAACUUUCGAGGGUGUUAAUCUCCGAUAGCGUAUCAGAAAACACUUAAGGUGGCUAUUUUACCAAGUCGUUUUUAAGUUAAAUCACUUAAAAGCCAAAAUAUCCGCCAUAUUGAAAAGUCAUCACUGCCAUAGUAACUGCAGUUACGUAACUUUCCUGAAAAAAUUCAAACCCUUUAGAUGAUUUUUAAGUAUAAUAAUACUCUUUGUUUUUUAAGAUGUGAUUUUUUUCUAUAUCGCGUAUUUGCGAUGAAAAUCGUUCAAAACCGUAAUUUUUUGGCGUGUACCUCAUUACUUUCAAUUUUGUUUUCUAUUUUAUACAGUUCGCUACCUUUCUAAAUUAAUCUGGUAGUUCAGAAACAUAAAAUAAAAUUGAAAAUUGUUAAUUAAAACACAUUUAUCAACCUAGAGCAAAUUACGUUACGUAAUCUGCACAAAUCUAUUUUUCUUCUUAAAACCCAUUAACAAACACACCGCCCCCAAUUUAAAACAAAUGUCUUUCUCGAGAAGCGAUAUGCUAACAGCAUACCAGGUAAUCUGACGGUGAGCAAAAGGACUAGGACUAGCAACAGAAUAGAAAUCCAGUUUCGUACCUUUAAUCACCAACCUCGCAAGCCAGGGUUUGAGGUUGCUUUAAUCACUUGUCACGCCCUGAUUUUUUUGUGAAACUCUUUGAAACUUUGUGUCUGUGUCUUGCAACUGGGAGAUGAAUAUCUGGGACAAAUUUGAGAUAGAAAUCUAAUACCGUUAAUGAGAUAUUGAGUAAUUUUAAACCAGAAAUGGAUUUCCAUUUUACAACUAGUGCCAGGCCUUUUCCGAGUUCCGAGAUCAUCUGGAGAUAAUCUCACUACAAAUUUAUCACUUUCAAUGCCUAAAAGAUAAUUUUUCGAAACAACCCCGUUCAAAUACAGCGAGGCUAUAGCUACGCCAUGGAAUUUACCUCAAUAAUGAUUUCUUUGUUAUUAUAGUUAAGUAACUUAAGUGCUUUGUAUAGUGGUCAAUGUUUUUUAUGUACAGUCCAGACAGCACCCAUUGAAACCAGCUGUUGCCGAUGGGGCUAUGGUUUUUAAAUAAAGUUUUAAAUAAUACAUUGAGCUAUUUCGCAUACAUUUUACUCUGCCACGCAAAUCAUGACAAAUUUUUGCUAAUUUCUCUUUCAAUUUUCAUACAAAUUUAAUCAUAUUUUUAAAAACUCAAUAAUACAUGGGGAAAAGACAGAAGAAAUCACUACCGUGUCGGUGGUUGUAUAUGUGAUAAAAAAAUCAUGUUCAUUUACAAAAACUUUUGCUUUGAUUAUAUCGGCUUUUUAAAAUUACUUCGCCAAUUGAGUCCAUAUUUACAGCAAUAAAAAUAAAAAUAAAACUUACUGAAUUUCGGAUAUCACGUUCUCUUUGGCGUACAAUCCAAAAUCUCUUCCUUUUAGCAAUAUUCUACAGAAAAAAGUACAAAACAUACAUUUUAAAGUUUGCCAAAUAUUAUUGUAAUAACCUUUUGUUUUCUUUGUUGGAAACAACGAAAUCAAAGGGCCGCUUAUAAAAACAAUGUUUGGCUUAUUUAUUCAGCAAUCUGGCAACCCUGUGUGUCUCCAAAAAAUCGCGUAAACCUCGAAAAAAAUCCCUAUAAAAAUACCCGAUAAUGACUCUAAUAAAUCCCUUAAAAUCCUCAAAAAUCAGUAUAAAAUCCCUAAAAAUCCUCAAUAAUCUCUGAAAAUCCCUACAAAACUCGAAAAAAGGAAAAGGUGGAGGGGGGACAAAAGUUUUCCCGAUAUUCAUUAAAUUGCCCGACCAAUAAAAAAUUUUUUUUGGUUAUUUUAAAAAGUUUGUGUCGACGGGAGAGGGGGAGGGGAAUUUCGUAAUUUUACUUAACGUAUUUUCAAAACACUCUUCCUAUUUCGACGCGAUUUUAAUACGCGCCGCACUUCGACCUCUUCCCUACAUUUGGCCGAUUUUUGAGUAGAAUUGCUCAAUUCAGUUUAAGUGCAAUUUGCCCGGUUUUUAAGUCGCUCGGUACUGCAUCUGGUACGGUUUUACUGUUUUAUAUAAAGCCAAGAAUCAAGAUUAUUGUGGACGAUAACGACCUUAUUGCUAAAAGACAAAUCACUUGCAAAAGAGUCCAUGCACUUAUUUUGUGAAUCAUUAUUUGUUGUUAAAACGCAUCAGCGCGAUACUUUGAUUACAAUCGAAGGUACAAUGAUACGAACAGGAUGUGCAACUUUAAUUAAACAAGUUUUGCAUUAAUUUAAUUUUAGAACAUUUUGACUCAAAAGGCAGAGUGGAAGAGUACAUAAAGGAGAAAGCAGGCGCAAUGAUAUAGAACAGUGUAAGGAUAGCAGGAUAUUUUAACAACUUCCUGACUUUCUGGAAACCGAAGAAACUGGAUGAUGGCACAUACGUCUUGGACCUUGCUAUGGAAGGAAAGCCGAUGUAUGGAAUGGACGUUGAAGAUUUCGGAGAAUGUGUUGCAAGUAAGAUAAUUAUUAUCACUUUUGUGAUAAUGGUGGUGGCAAUGGUAAUGAUAGUGGCGGUUGGGAUGGUAUUGAUGAUGGUGGUGGUAAUGGUUGUGAUUAUGAUGGUGGUGGUGACGGUGAUAAUGGCGGUUGUGAUGACCGAGGUUGUCAUAAUGUUGAUGAUAAUGAUGGUAGUGUUGACCCAUAAUGGUGAAAUGAUGAUGAUUGUUGUUGUUGUUGUUGUUGUUGUUGUUGUUGUUGUUGUUGUUGUUGUUGUUGUUGUUGUUGUUGUUGUUGUUGUUGUUGUUGUUGUUGUUGUUGUUGUUGUUGUUGUUGUUGUUGUUGUUGAUGAUGAUGAUGACGAUGGUAAUGAUGAUGAUCGUUGAUGAUGAUUAUUAUUUUCGUAUUGUAAUGACUUUAUUAGCAUGAUCCAUAAUUACAAGAUAUUGCUAAAGUACUGUGGUUACAUCAAUAUAACUAUUAACGUUCAUAACUAACUGAUAAUAACAUAUUUUAACUUUAUAGUAUUUACAUAUUUGUGUUCACUAUGAGACAUAUUUAAGAUUACAAGAUAUAUUGCUAUUUCAGGGUUUUAAUUUAAUAUAUAGUGUCUAUAUCGGUUAAGGAUUUUUUUUUUUUUUUUUUAUAAGAUUUGUUUUAGGCAUUAUUUGUAUUUCUGGCUUCAAAGUACUCACUCAGUUUUUCAAAACUAACUGUAAUAUAUUUUGAAAAAAACAUUCAGUGCUUUUGGAUCACUUUUUUAGUAGUCGAGUGUUUCGUUGCAUUGUCUUUGUAAUAUAUUGAUUAUUGUGGUGGCGAUAAUGCUGCUGCCAGUGUUGGUAAUACCAUAUGUGAUUGCCGUAUAGAGUUAUUAUAGAGAUUGUUGAAACUCGAAAUACAUCGAAAUGCUUUCUUUUCCUUCCUUUAGGCAUAUUCAAUGAGCCAAAGAGCUAUGGUGGGAAAAUUAUUGGAUUAGCUACGGAAUAUUUAACAAUGGAACAGUUUUGUGAUGUCUUCAGCAAAGCUCUGGCGCCGCGAGUUUUCAAGGUAUUUAUAAACUAACUAACUUUGUCUAAGUAGAACUAGAUCCCAAAAUACUCUCCUUUAUAAUUAUUAGAAAUGUGGUUGCAUGAGUAGUUUAAAACAGUCAAAAAUUGCUCAUUUGGUGCUUAAAACAAGUAAAAGCUGCUUGGGAAUGAACUGCCCCAAGAGCAGAAAGUUGCUCAAAUCUCCAAGAGUUCCCAAAAAAGUUACCAAGCACAAUGUAUAAUUAAAGGCCGAAUAAGCAAUUGUACCACAAAUAAAAGUAUUAAUGAUAAUAAACAAUACUACAAAUAAAGGUAGUAGUAGUGCUGACAGUACAAUACGGUAUACGGAAAUGCAUUGUUUUUCUAAUUGUUAAGAGGUUUUGUAGAUGGAAAUUAGACCUAACCAGGAGCAGUUGCGAAAAAUGCAAAUAUAGAAGGUGUAUAAAAAAAACUGAACAGAUUUGAAAUUGCUCUCAAUUUCGCAAAACAGCUAUCAGUAUCCAGUUUUUGAUGUAUAUGGCUUCCUUGGGUACUUGUAAUGUCGAAUAAUGAAAAAAAAGUCUCGAACUCAAAUUUUGUGAACCAGGGGGGCGUGUCUUUUCCAACCAGUGUUGUAACGAGUCACCUACAGGUCGAGUCACGAGUCGAGUCGAGUCACUCAAAGGUCGAGUCACGAGUCGAGUCGAGUCAUUUCAAUUUUUGAUCGAGUCGAGUCAGUGGCUUCACUCGAGUCGAGUCGAGUCGAGUCAGCGGCUUCACUCGAGUCAAGUCGAGUCACUGAUUUAAGUCGAGUCGAGUCAAUUUCUAGACUUUACUUGAGCUACCCUAGCUUGCUGUCGGAAAUUAGUAAUCAAAUUUGCGUUUUAAACUAAUUACUUUAGUCAUUUAAAUUAAUAACAGUAUCUGGGCAGCUAUAGGCUGUGCCAAUAUCACAGUUCCAGUCAACCACGUGAGAUGUCUCAUCAUACCUGCUGAUCGAGUGUACGUACAUACAAGCGACUCGAGUUGACUCGAGUCAGAGUCAAUGACUCGACUCGUUACAACACUGUUUCCAACAGACUAAAAAUGGCUUGCGCACAAAAUUUCUGUCUUUUCCAACAAACUAAAAAUGGCUUGCGCGCGAAAAUUAAAAGCUUUAAUCAUAUUUUGAGUUAAUAGGAGAAAAAUUUGUUGGGUUUGUAAUUACUGUCCAAAAUUUCGCACAAUUUGCUUUAGUUUAAGCCCUUUCACUAUGCGCGCAAACAUGCUUAAUUAAUGCCUUUGCCUAAUUUGCAUAUGUUAGCAAUAUGCAAAUUAAGUAAAGGCAUUAAUUAAGCAUGCGAAAGGCUGAUUUUUUAGGGGGAAAUGAAUAGUUAAAGGCUUAAACUAAAGCAAAUUGUCUGAAAUUUUGUACAGUAAUUAUAAACCCAACAAAUUUUCCAUCUAUUAACUCAAAAUAUGAUUAAUGCUUUUAAAUUUCGUGCGCAAGCCAUUUUUAGUUUGUUGGAAAAGAUAUACCCCCUGGUUCACAAAAUUUGAGUUCGAUAAUUUUUUUCAUUAUUCUACAUUAUAAGUACCCAAGGAAGCUAUAUACAUCAACAACUGGAUACUAAUAGCUCUUUUGCAAAAUUGAGAGCAAAUUCAUAUCUGCUCAGUUUUUUUUAUACACCCUGUAGAGUGUAUAAAAAAAAACUGAACAGAUUUGACAUUGCUCUCAAUUUCGCAAAUCAGCUAUUAGUAUCCAGUUUUUGAUGUACAAAGCUUCUUUGGGUACUUAGUAUAAUGUAUGUAGAAUAAUGAAAAAAAUUCUCGAACUCAAAUUUUGUGAACCAGGGGGGAGUGUCUUUUCCAACAAACUAAAAAUGGCUUGCGCACGGAGUUUAAAAGCUUUAAUCAUAUUUUGAGUUAAUUGAUAGAUGGCAAGUUCGUUGGGUUUUUAAUUACUGUACAAAAUUUCAGACAAUUUGCUUUAGUUUAAGUCUUUUAACUAUUCACGCAAACUUAAAUUUUUUCCUAAAAAUCAGCUAUUCGCAUGCUUAAUUAAUGCCUUUGCCUAAUUUGCAUAUGUCAGCAAUAUGCAAAUUAGAUAAAGGCAUUAAUUAAGCAUGCGAAAGGCUGAUUUUUUAGGGGAAAAACUAAAGCAAAUGGUUUAAACUAACGCAAAUUGUCUGAAAUUUUGUACAGUAAUGAAGAAUCCAACAAAUGUUCCAUCUAUUAACUCAAAAUAUGAUUAAAGGUUUCAAAUUUCGUGCGCAAGCCAUUUUUAGUUUGUUGGAAAAGACCCCCCCCCCCCUGGUUCACAAAAUUUGAGUUCGAGAAUUUUUUUCAUUAUUCUACAUUAUAAGUACCCAAAGAAGCUAUAUACAUCUCAAACUCAUUAAUAAUUCAUGAGCAAAUUAGCGAAUGAACUCACCCUAAUUCGUCACAUGAUUGAGGUUGGAUACCGCAAGGAAACACGCUAAAAAUCAUAUACCAUCACUGUUGUUAGAUGAAAAACGGUUUUCAUCUAAUAACUGAGAUCCUAAUUACAAAUUCAAGUCAAAACACAACAAUAUACUAUAAUAAUGUGGAAAGUUAUAAGGAACUGCCUACCCCGUAAAGAGUCAACGGAACUUAAUUAUUCAAGAAAUAUCACGGAACUAGUGGAGGAGUUCAAUUCCUUUUUCACGACAGUGGGAAUUAAAGCAUCAGAGUCUGCUACUGCACUUUUAACUAAAUAUAAUCUACCAACCAUAGACUUACCAGUACCUGCUCAAAUUCCUGUGUCAGAUCAAUUUCAUUUCCAUCCGGUUUCAUGUAGUGAUGUACAGCAGAUCACCAUGUCUUUUUCCUCAAAUAAGGCCCCGGGAUUAGAUAAAGUCCCAAUGAGUAUUAUCAAAGAUGCCUUACCAUGUAUCCUCCCUGCGUUAACAGAUAUUGUUAAUUGUUCAUUGCUUACGUCCGAAUAUCCAACAUUAUGGAAGAUGGCAGAAGUUGUUCCCCUCUUAAAAGAUGGGGAUCAUGAGAUCGCAGACAAUAAUCGUCCUGUGUCUUUGCUAAUUGCAGUAUCAAAGAUUUGUGAACGAGUUGUAUUGAAUCAAUUGACUGACUAUAUGUCACAAAGACUAUAUGUCUACAAAUUUUUAAAGUCAAACAACCUGCUGCAUAAAGCUCAAUCUGGUUUUCGAAAUUUAUUUUCCUGUGAAACAGCUAUUACCUACAUGAUUGACAAGUUGGCUAAAGCAAUAAAUGAAGGAUAUAUGAACGGAGUCGUCCUUUUAGAUCUCCGUAAAGCUUUCGAUCUAAUUGAUCAUAGUAUCUUGCUACAAAAGCUACGAAUGUAUAAAUGCAGUACAAAUUCUGUAAAUUGGUUUUCAUCGUACCUACAAAACAGAUAUCAAAGUACAUCUGUUAAUGGUAAAAUAUCUGCUAAACUACCUAUGACGAAAGGGGUUCCUCAGGGAUCUAUUCUGGGCCCCUUGCUUUUUAUUGUCUUUAUUAACGAUUUGCCACUGUCUAUCCCACAUGGCGACAUAGAUAUGUAUGCGGAUGAUUCUACCAUCACGACAUCUGCGAAAACCAUAAACCAACUCAAUGAAAACUUAAAUCAAGCUAUGGAUGAGGUCUCAAAUUGGUGUAAUGACAACAAAAUGAUGCCAAAUACAGACAAAACUGCUCAUAACAUGCUCAUAACAUCGUGGCAAAAACGGCUUCACAUACCACAAAAUGAAGAUCUGUGUGUAAGACGUUACUUCAAAACCAUUACUUGGCGUCACUAUGAAUCAUAAUCUGUCCUGGGAGGAUCAUAUAAACACCACUGUUUCAAAGAUAAAUAGGAGUAUAGCUCUACUUCGUAGAAUUAAACGAUAUUUACCGCUACAGACACGGAAACUUUUCUUUAAUGUGCACAUUCUUCCACACAUGGAUUAUUGUUCCAUUGUUUGGGGUGGUUCACCUCAUGUUAAGAAGAUCAAUUUAGCUCAAAAAAGAGCAGCCAGGGUAAUUUUGGACAUCACGGAUAAUCGUUACCCCAGUAAAGACAUGUUUUUAACAUUAAGGCCCCGUUUACACUAUACCGGAUUGCUAUCGGAGUGGGUCAAAUUUUGUAGGCAUUGAAAGGCUGUGAAGAUUUUUAAUCUCAGAGACCCAAAUAAACAUGCCAAUUCUGUCAAACUAAUAAGCAUUUGCUAUUAACCAUUGCUCCUUAACGGCAGAAGAUGAUCGCGUGACGAGCGAAUCCGGUAUAGUGUAAACGGGGCCUAAACUGGAUGCCUAUCGAGGAUCGUAUUAAGUACCAUAAAGCUAUUAUGGUCUACAAAAGUCUCAAUUAUUUAUGUCCGGAUUAUAUGACAAAUAUGUUUAGGUUUGUCAGACAAGUUCAUACAAAGACAACCCGAUCAAGCUCUGCAAAUGAUCUGUAUUUGCCUUCAGGAAAACAUAAACAGAUAUAUACAAAUACGUUUGGCUACAGUAGUGUAAAGAUAUGGAACACAUUAAGUUCAAACAUUAGAGAAAGUGUAUCUCUAAACGACUUUAAUAGGAAAUUUUUAACAAAUUAUUUUUUAACUAGUAACUGAUAUUUCACUCUAUUGUAAAUAACUUCAACUCAUAUUUUUAACUAAAAUAGCGAGGGCCCUGAGGAAGAUAAGUCUUUUGACUUACCAGGUAUAUUAGCUAUGUAAUAUUUUUAACCCUCUGUAAAUAAUGUUUAUUGAUUGAUUGAUUGAUUGAAGAAAAAGAUAUACUGAACACCAAAGUGGCAAUCGAAAAUUACAUUCUACAGAAACAUUAAACAUUUUUAUAACAGAUCAAAUCUUGCAGUCCAUGGAUCGUAAAGAAGUUACGGCCUUAGUUUUAAUAGACUUAUCCAAAGCAUUUGAUAGCAUAGAUCAUUCAAUUCUACUAGUGAAACUUCAAACCAUUGGUGUGUCUAAUUCAGUGUUGGCAUGGUUUAAAAGUUAUCUAUCGGGACGAAGCCAAAUAGUACCUAUUGGGUCGACAUUGUCGGAAACAUGUAUUAUAACUCGAGGGGUACCUCAAGGAUCUAUUCUUGGGCCGGCAUUAUUUAACAUAUAUAUUAAUGACCUACCCAAUGUUCCAAAAGAGUCCUCUUUGGAAUCUUAUGUGGAUGAUUCGAAAAUCUAUCUGGCAUUUCCAAUUCAAAAUGUUGAAACUGCUGCGCUUAAACUUACACAAGAUAUGGAAAGAAUUACCGCAUGGUGCUGUAUAAAUAGUCUGCUAGUGAAUCCAAAGAAAACGAAACUUCUAUUACUGCAUGGUACAAGUCAAAUGCUGAAAACACUCUCUGGCACAGAUUUCCAUAUAACUGUUCUUGGUGAGAAAAUAAUCCCACUUCAGACGGUUAAAGAUUUGGGAAUGACUUUGGAUUCAAGUUUGACUUACGACAAACAUACUGUCGAUACCGUCUCAAAAUGUGUCACUGAAUUAUGCCAAAUCAACAGAGUUAAGCAUAUUUUCGACUAACACACUUUAUCCCUUAUUAUAAAUGCUCUGGUCUUUCAGUAAAAUGUAUUAUUGUUCCUCCGUUUGGUCGAACACCUCUAAAAGGAAUAUAUCAAAACUGCAAAGCGUGCAGAACUUCGCGGCACGCGUUAUUACUGGAAUCAGAAAAUAUGACCAUGUGACGCCUAUCCUUCAGCAAUUAGCUUGGCUUCCAGUUGAGUGUAUGUUAAAACUCAGGGAUGCGGUUAUGACAUAUAAGUGCUUGAAAGGGUUAGCUCCGCCGUACUUGUGUGACAAAUUCCAAAUGAGAUCAAAGAUUCACAGUGCAGUUAACACCAGAAAUAAGGACAAGUUAGACGUUCCACUGUAUAAUUCGGCUUCUGGACAGCGAACGUUUCAUUAUCGCGCAGUGUCUAUUUGGAAUGAGCUCCCAAAUCAUAUUAAAGACAUUGACACUUUGGACCAGUUUAAAAUAGAAUAUAAACGUCAUUUAUUGCAUGGAUUUUUAGAAAGUAGUUAAUAGUUUUAGACAAUUUGGACUUGUUUAAAUUAGCAUAUAAACGUACUUUUUACUGUAUGGAUUUUAUUAGGAAGUAGUUAAUCAUUUUUAAAGUGACAUUACUAAUAAUUAUAAAAUUUUUAAUUUGUGUUUGUAUGUAUGUACGUAUGUUUGUGGGUGUAUAUAUAUAUUGUUUGUAGUAUAUAAAUGAUUUGUAAUUACCUGCUGAAAAGCCCUUUUGGGAGCAGGCAAUAUUGUAAUAAUAAUAAUAAUAAUAAUAAUAUAUAUAAGCCAAUGAUAUGUUUUCGUUUGAGAUGCUGUGUAAACAACUCGUUUCUCGUGUUUCAUCAGGGGACCAAACACUCGAAAACAAUAAAUACAGUUUUCUCGUGUUUGGAUCCCCUGAUGAAACACUCAAACUCGUUGUUUACAUAUAACAUCAAAAACUGGAUACUAAUAGCUGUUUUGCGAAAUUGAGAGCAAAUUCAUAUCUGUUCAGUUUUUUUUAUACACCCUGUAUAGGCCCUCUGGCAGGAAUCGAUGCACUAUUUUCACUUUAUAGGAUGCCAAACAAACAGCAGAUCAAAUGGAAAAACUUGGUUUCCCUGGCGCAGAUUUGUUCGCAACCAUGUUCAGGCUUUACCAAAAAGGAAUCGAUCGUGAUAUAGCACUUACAAAGAAGCUGAAUCCGAAGGCAAAAUCGUGGGAAGAGUUCGUUGUUAGUCACAAAGAAUAUUUUUAA